GUUGAUUACACGUUUAAUUUUCCUGAGUAGUCAAUUUUAGUUGGAACAGAAAAUAAAGAAAAAAUCAACAUCGGCGGCUUUGGCUGUCACACAAAAGGCAAAAGUUCACAAAACGCAGGAAAAGAAAAGGCUAUUAUUGUGUUGCAGAAAAUUUAGGAAACUUUCCAAUUUCAUUAAUUCAUGGCUUCCUCUGCAAUUGUUUUCAACAUUCUACCAUCAUCUUCAUUGAGUUCUCUUUCAUUCAGAAACAGCAGAACCCCAUUUUCUCAAACCCCAAUCUUUUACAAACCCCUUAUUGUCAAUGCUUCUUCCACUUCUCUCGAUUAUUCCUCAUCCUCUCUCGAUGCUACAUCUACAAAGAAUAAUAAGUGGCUAUGGAAAUACAAGGAGAAUUCUGUGAAUAUUUAUUACGAGGAACAUGACAAGGGAAGCGAUGAGCAAUGUAAGAACAUUUUGAUGAUUCCUACUAUUUCUGAUGUAAGUACUGUUGAGGAAUGGAGAUCGGUGGCUAAAGACAUUGCUGGAAGAAGUGGUAAAGUUAAUUACAGAACUACCAUUGUGGAUUGGCCUGGUUUAGGGUACUCUGAUAGACCUAAACUUGAUUACAAUGCUGAUGUUAUGGAAAAGUUCUUGGUCGACUUCAUUAAUUCUCCUGAUGGUCCCGUGAACAAUUCCGAUAAGGACUUGGUGGUGUUUGGAGGAGGACAUGCUGCUACGAUAGCAGUUCGUGCUGCGAAGAAGGGCUUGGUGAAGCCAACAGCAAUUGCUUGUAUUGCUCCCACGUGGGCUGGUCCACUUCCUAUCGUUUUUGGAAGAGAUUCCAGCAUGGAAACUAGGUACGGUUUCCUUAGAGGGACCUUAAGGGCCCCUGCUCUUGGUUGGAUAAUGUAUAAUGUACUUGUCAGCAAUGAGAAAUCAAUACAAUCACAAUAUAAGUCCCAUGUUUAUGCAGACCCUGAAAAGGUAACUGCAGAUAUCAUUGAGACCCGAUACGCACUCACAAAACGGCAAGGUGCUCGCUAUGUGCCUGCUGCUUUCUUGACUGGUUUACUUGACCCAGUAAAAACCAGGGAGGAAUUUGUCCAACUCUUUGCAGAGUUGGAGGGUAAGAUACCGUGUCUAGUUCUGGCAACAGCAGGUGCUCCGAAGAGGUCAAAAGCAGAGAUGGAAGCACUUAGGGAGGCCAAAGGGGUGAGCAAGUAUGUUGAAGUGCCAGGUGCUCUCCUUCCCCAAGAAGAGUAUCCUGAAAUCGUUGCAGAACAGCUUUACAGGUUUCUGCAAGAGAUGUAUGAGCUGUAGGCUUAACUGGUUUAGUCAAAGGACAUAUGCAUUUCUUUUUCCAGUUUGCAGACCGGAUUGAUGUUAUGAGGUGUUUCCACUAAAGUUCAAUCUGUAAAGGAGGUUUCAAUUUAUUCAUCUCUUAUCCACGUAGGGAUGUGCAUGAUAUUUAGAAAUCUCCUAAUUUGUUUUGAAAGGUAACUGAUUUAGUAAUGGAAUGAAAUGGUCCCGAAUAGAGUAGAAUGGAUAUAGAGUACUCAUAUACCAACAUUGGUAUCUGACUGUCUGAAGGAAGAGUGUUACAGGAAACACACAUUCUACUGUUCAGUUUUCUCUUGGUCAUUUUGUAGAUUUGUUUUGACAAUGAUGAGUAGUAGCUUUUUUGAACAUAACAUUUAGGAUUAGUUAA